CCAGGACUCAGGGACCUGCAGUCUCAAGCUGUAUUCACUGCAGGAAGGAUAUUGAGAAAAGCCUCUCGAUAGUGACAGUAUUCAGUGUUUGUGUGUAACUGUUUAAUACCUCCAGUUGAAUGUACACUUCUUGUGGUACAUAGUGACGGGUGUAGGUGAUUAUGAACUAGGAGGUUAGCCCCACUUGGAGAAUUUACCUCUUCGUUAAGAACUUUAUUGAUAAGUUACAAUGAAGGCACAGUCCAUAUAUCGUGCCUGUGAGUCACCAACCACAAGUAUGCGCAUACCUCCAUUUGCAGGGGAAGUAGUACCUUUACCUUCACUGGCCACUGAAGUACACUCAUCCUGAAGAACAGAGAAGCGAUUUCGUACCUUCAAAUCUUCUCUCUUAACUUUCCUUAUCUUGAUGCUCUUCCCAUUACUGGGAACCACUUGCCACUUGUAGUAGGUGCUGGACUGCACUUCACUGCUGGUAGCCGUUGCUACCUCCCCACCUACAGCUUCCUCGCAGCGAGAGACAAACUGCGCCUCGCUGCUGGUAGCCUCAUUCCCCUCCACCAUAUCAGCCACCUCACACUGGCUCCCAACCCCGUUGAGGUGAACCUUCAGCCUCCUAAUUUCCUCUUGGAGAAGCAAGACUUCCUCCUUCAACUCUCCAACCUCAAUUUUUAGAACACUGCAAAAGCAAGCCAUGGCUUUGUACCCGUCCACACUAAUCCCCAAAGCAGCUCAGGGCCUGUUACCUCACGUGACGACUGACCACAGACCAUUCGUUCACCUUCCUGGUCAGAGCGCCCAUAAGUCUACGUUCGUGUCUAAGGCCCUCGAGGAUUUAAGAUAUCUGCCGAAAAUUGUCACCAGCCACGCCACUUAUGUCGAAGAAGAAGACUCCAAUCAUCACCAUGUCCACCAGGCCAAGUCUCACCAUGAUCACGAAGUCAAGCCUGGUUACGAUCAUGAAGCCAAGCUUGGUCACGAUCUCGAAGCCAAGCAUAGUCAUCACCGCAGCCCUAAGACAGACCAUGUUUACAAAACCGUGCCUGAUCAUCAUCACAGCCCAAAAUCAAAUCAUCUUCAGAGCCCUAAGUCUGAUCAUCAUCACAGUCCUAAGUUCGGUCAUCACAGCCCUAAGUUUGGUCGUCACAGCCCUAAGUUAGGUCAUAAUCACAGUCCUAAGUUUGGUCUUCGUCACAGUCCUAAACCAGAUCAUCGCCAGAGUCCUAAGCCUGAUCAUCGUCACAGCCCUAAGUCUGAUCACGAUCACGAAGCCAGUCCCAAUCCUUUUGACGAAUUCGACCCUGGUUCCAGUCCUGAGUUAGAGACCAGCCGCCACUUCCAGAAAGAAAGCCAAGACUUAGAUCUAGAGCAGACAGAAGAGCUUUUGCUGGAUGUGUUGUACAGCGUUAAUGCCCUUAUGGGUGAGAGUGGACCGUGGCAUGUUGCAAGUGUUGCAGCUGGUCGAGCAAACUGUGUGCCUGGUAGGAAGCCUAGUAACAUCACCUGUCCCAUAGUAAGAACAACAGUACCUCAGGUGAUGCAGUGUCUUCAAGACAUUUUCAGUGUUGACGAAGAAACCAUUCAGCGGAUGAAGACACAAGUUCAACACAGAAAGCCAGUUGCAGUAACUCUUCACUUGAUGGUGAGAGAAGCAAAGGUUCUGUGUCGCAGGGAUUCCAAAGGUCCAACAAACACCUACUUGAGUGUGUCUGCUCCCGGCAACAUGGACCAGAGGACACAAACAGAAAAAGAUACUCUUUAUCCGAAGUGGAUGCAGAAAUUUGACGUGCUCAUUGGUGAUCUUCAGUGGGACCAUAUCCUACUGGAAUUAUGGCACGAAGAUGAAGAGGAUGACAGCCAUCGACAUCGUAUACUGAGCAAGCUUCUCCAUAACACACACAGCUCUCUAGUGCUUCUGGCUUCCUUAACUCUCUCUCUUAAGGAUAUCGUGAUAUCUUCGCUUGAUGGCUGGUAUUUGUUUGGUAAUCCAGAGGAUGGUGAGAAGGAUGACGAGGCUCACUCUACCAGAGUUCGACUCUCAGGCAGCUUUUCUGUUGUGUCUGACUUAACGAACACUGGUUACCAAGCCCAUUGUGACCUGGUGAAGCAGAUCUUGAUGCGUUAUCUUCAGUCUGAUGAGGAUAUGACUGGCACGAAGACUGAGAGAGUAUUGUGGAAUGGCAGAGUGCCAGAUGCCGUCACUGCAGUGUUGGCCCAACACGCUCUGUUGCUCAACUUGAGCAUAGAGGCCCAACAGCUGGCUUGGUGGAGCAUAACCUCACAGUCAGCGUCCGUGGACAGUUCUUGGGCACUGGCUCAGCUCAAGGCAGUCCAGUCGUCACUAGUGCUCAAUUUGUACUCCAGUGAAGAGCAGUCAGAGUUGUGUUCAUCCCUAUGUUGCUUUGCUACCAAAUGUUUAAAUAAAAUCAAGUUUCUUGAUGAAUAUUUUCCAGUAGCAUUAAAUAGCUCCAGAGUUCAGCUCACAUAUACAUUAAAAGCACUGCAGAGCUUGCAAGAUCAUCCACACACCCAGAGACUUCUUAACAAGAUCAGAUUAACAACAAUCAUUGAGGACGUUAUUGCAGCCAUCAAAGAAUAUGCAGAUGAAUGGUGGAAUCGCCUGGCACACAUGACACUGGGGAAGGCGAACACCGUCAGCGAACACUUGACUGCUGCUCUUACCAUCACGGAAGAAGUGCUCGUCCACAUCAAAUACGUCUCCAAUAUUUAUAAUGACAUCUUCAAGCAAGAGAUGAACAUCCGUGCAGUGAUGUACAUAUAUGAGACUAUUGUUGGUCACAUGGUGAGGUCCAUGCAACCAGUCAUUGUCCACGUCCAGACCACCAUAUCCUCAGAAAAAUCCACGGAGAGUGAUCACAAACCACAUUACGACUUCGGGAUUGGCUCCUCACUGUGGAAAUUGUUCAAGAAUCUUGAAACAAUCUCUCUGCUGGAGUACGACAUUCCUCUCGCGGUAAGAGUGAGUACAGGUCUUGGCCAGUACUACCGAUGGUUCAUGCCUGCAGUAGAUAGCUGGCUUCUGUUCACUAACCAUCAAGCUCACACCAACGUGAGAGAAGCUCUCCAGAAUGAUACAUUUGAGCCUGUUGACGCCCACAACAGCUUCAGUCAGUCUUCCGUAGAAACAACAGCUAUCUUCCAUAGUAUUAAGGUGUGGUGGCACAAGCUGGGGUGGCCUGAUCUAGACUCCUCUUCUCAGUUCUUUAUAAAAAUCCUGGAAAACCUGUACUCCCUCUGUAUAUAUUAUGUUGACACCUUGUUCGACAGGACGGACAGUGUGUUUGAAGAAACGUCAAAUGGACUCCUUAUUGGUGAAAAGGUUUGUGUAGCAGUUACGAAUGUUCAACACAUUCAGAAUGAGAUGGAGAGACUUCCAGAAAUCUUUGGCUUUGAAUUCCUGGUAAAAUUAAUCAGCACAACUGGUAACGAGAGCCUCGCCACUCAGAUUAAAUCAAGUGUUGAGUCGCUGACUAAGAGUAAAGUAGAUGAUCUGAAGGCCAAAACUCAUGACCUGAUUGAUGAAAUCACAAGCAAGAUGACACCAACCAUUGAAAAGUCUUUGGAUGAUGCUAGUGAGUUUCACGAGUCUUCACUACUACUGAAGGACGUACUUGACCCCUCCAUAGCUACUCUGCGCAAUGGUCUUGAAGAUCAGUAUUUUCAUCAUUUCCUCAAGGGUUUCUGGAAAGUUACGUUGAAGAUAAUUUCAGCCAGAGUAAAAAAUAAUGCCAAGAGGGAAUAUGUAUAUUUUGAAACGAUUCACAAAAUACUGAAAGAAUUGUACAAGUUCUUCACACCAGAUUCGGGAGGUCUAGACGACGAGUGUGUCAAGUCUGAAGAAUACACGUCCCUCCUCGACCACCUUGAGAUUAUGAAGAUGGAUACGAAUGGUCUUAUUGCCCAGUACUACCAUGAACGAUGUAGGGAACAGAAUCAAGAAACACUGCCUAGCAAGGGUUUACUUGUCAUUCGGACCUUCUUCAAAGACGCCGACCACCUAGCAGUGAGAAUAAUCAUGGCUCGUGAUAUCGUAGUGGAGAGUGAGGAGCCUCGUCACUUACCUCUGGAAUACUUCGUGAAAGUACAGCUCCAGCCUGAUGGAUGGUUCCCAAAAUCUACGAAGACAAACACGAAAGUUUUAAAAGAAGACCCAGCGACCUUUGACGAAGAAUUUGAGUUCGACAUCAGCGGAGCUGAUGAGAAUAAGAUGAAAGGUAUAUUAUUGUUAACGCUGAAGGACAAGAACAGGAUCUACGCAGACACUGUGCUGGGUGAAGCCUUCGUAGCUCUGUCCAGCAUCCCUUCAGAUUUAUCUGAAGUGAAGAACUUGUAUCUUCACUUGCACGAGCUGUGCAACAACCACUGUUAUAAGUCUCUCGAAAUUCUUCAGGACAGAAAAUCAGACCACACUGCCCAUCAUUUUCUCAAGAAAAUAGCCAAACGUUAUCCAGGAUUUGCUAUAAACAGGAGCAAGUUGACACUAUUUAUUUGAUCAACGCGGCAACUGUUCGCAGACGAGGUGCCAGUUCCUCAUGUUGAUAGUUUAUAGGGCUACUGACAGGUUAUGCCGCAUCAUGUUGUCGAUGGUUUAUAGGGCUACUGACUGGUUACGCCGUAGCAUCUACUUGUUGAUGGCAUAUAGGGCUACUGACAGGUUAUGCCGCAUCAUAUUGUUGAUGGUUUAUAGGGCUACUGACUGGUUAUGCCGCAUCGUGUUGUUGAUAGUUUAUAGGGCUACUGACUGGUUACGCCGUAUCUUAUUAAUGGUUUAUAGGGCUACUGACAGGUUAUGCUACAUCAUGUUGUUGAUGGUUUAUAGGGCUAUUGACUGGUUACGCCAAAACUUCUUGUUAAUGGUUUAUAGAGUUACUGACAGGUUACACCAUAUCGAGACCAGUUGCUGAGUUACUGUUAUUAUGCGUUUGGGAAAUAUUGGUUUUGACUUGACGGCUCUGAAAAUAACCGGUUUCCUUUAUUUUUUUUUUUCAUUUAUUCGUCUUAAUUUAGUACUGGAGAGGAUCUUCAUCUCCAGUAAUUGAGAGUUAAGUGACCCAUCGUACAUGUGACCUCAUAUUACGUUAAAAUAGUUUAAUUUUUCUAAUUCCUCUUUAUUCCGCUGGGAGUGUUAGGUGUAACAUUAUGCAUACGUAAAAAAGUAUGAAAACUUUUCGUGCAGAAAACAUCCGUUGCGGAACAAGGGUUUCACUGUGUAGAGCUUUAUCGAGUUAUGACUUGACGACUUGAUAAAGCUCAACACAGAGUGAAACAUUGAGGCAGUGAAAAUUUGCAACGUGUCGUGUUUUAACUACUGUCGUCAGCAUACUGUUUAACUCAGUAUCAACGUGAAUCACAAUACCUAUUUAGCCAAGCAUUUCAUAACACUUAAGUUAGUAUAUUGCCUUAAAUGAUAAUAAAUCUUUAGUACAAACUUGCUUCACAAAUGUAUCAUGAGUUCUGCCCGAACUAUUGCUAGUAGUAUAUUUGUGUAGGUAUAUUGCUAGUGUAAUUUUUGCACAAGUGGUUUAUGUUAGGCUUAAUUUCUUGAUAUAUGUGUAUUUGUAGUAUGGAAUGAAUAAUAAGAGUUAGGUGUCUGAUGUCCAAUGAUGUGUCGAUGUUAUGUAGGUGAGUGUAGUGGAUGUUGAAGGUUUAGAUAAAAUAUUUGUUUUUUACCAUAUGAAAAGGCUAAUCCUGUAGUGUGUCAAACAGCGCCGGAAGAAUGGCAGGCAAUCAUAAUGGCUGCAGUUUCUUAGAUCAGGAGUCCUUCGCUAGCAUCAAGGUACUUGAAAGGUUAAUCUACAGUAUAUUCAGGAAAAUUAAUAUGUGCUUUGUUUUAAGGUGGAAUGGCCAGCAAGUGACCUUGAUUAUCACCUUAUUAUGUCUUGUUUAUUGUUAAAUUUUCUUGUUACAUUUGACAUUUAUAAAAAAAGAUAGUAUUUUAUAUAUCUAUAACAAUUUUAAAUACAUGUCGAAAAUAA